AUGUCGCUGUUGGAACAACCAAGGUCAUUAGGCACAAAAUUAAAAGAUCCAACUUCACAUCCCUUCAGUAUUUCCAAUUACACAGUUCAUGAUGAUUCUGAAAUAACAACGAGUGAUGAUGAUGGGAGCUCUUAUUCGUCAAGUAGCGAUCGGUUAGACGAAUUGGAACAGGCACCUGUGUUGACAAUUCCCACCCCAGUGUCUGAAAAAUCUGCGGCGACAUGGUUUGCUGGUAGAUCCAAAUCAUCAGGGGUUGUUGACGACAUAAAGUCGUCGGAUGCGCAUCCGGUUGUACUAACUUCAUUUAGAAAGAGUAUUUCAUCUUUCUUCAGGCGUGACAGUAAUGUGAGUGCUAAUAGUGAUGUAGAUGGUGAUAGUGAAAGCAAAAGCACAAAAAGCAUUGAAAACAUGAAGAAGAAACAUCCCCCAGAACUUAAAUCGUGGACUAAAUGGAGAGGCAAACAUUUUCAUCGUAAAGAUGGUAUAGUAACAGAACCAGAACCAGAGCUUGAGCGCGAUCGUGAAAUUAACGAAUGGGAAAAAGAAACUUCCCUUGAUACCACUGAUAUUGGUAAGAUUGACGUUACAGGCAAUGAUGCAGAUACUUAUAUGACUGAUUAUGAAUUAAAUGUAAAGAAGCAUGAGGUAAAUUAUGCGAAAUUAACUAGGAUUGAUAUAAAGGACUUAUAUCCAGAUGUGAUCUCACUUGGACAAGAUGCAGACGAAGAAGAUGCAUAUCAGGAUGAUGAUGAUGAUAGUGAUGUUAGUUCCAUAGAAGCACAGUCCAAGAAGUUGAAAGUCAAGUUUGUUGAAAAAUUAAUAAUCCCUGAUAAAAAUCGCAAUACAAAUUCCAAAAAGUUAUUUCCUGAUAUGACAUAUCAACCAAUGCUAACUGAACAGAUUACUAUGCAACCAUCGGAUGAAGUAAGGGAUAUUGAAGCACCUCCGGAUAUCAUUCAAAGAGUUGAUAACUCUUAUGUCCCCACAGCAUGUUUGGAAGCGGCCAAUAAAGGGGAUUCAAGUACGCUAUCAAAUGAUGAGCCCUACGAUUCUAUGAUAUACAACUUUAUUUAUGAAAGUCCUAACGCUAAGAAUAAAUCGAUUGAUCUCUGGCAGGUAGAUCACCAUUCUGUUACUUUUGGAAAAUUCAGCGAGAUAAUACAAAUACUAAAUGGAGAUACUUCAAGGAUCAGAUUCAGAGAUUCUUUGGUUGAGAUUCUAGAUUAUACAUUGUCUUUAACUGCUCAAAAGGCAGAACUAUUAAAAAAGUUGGAAACAACUAUCAACUGCUUAGAAGACAAAAAUGCUCAUGAUGCUAUAUCUAAAAACGCUUUAGAAAGAGAAGUUGCCCAAUUACAUGAAAAUAUUAACGAGGUUCACCAUGAAUUAGAAUCAAAGAAAGAGGAAUUACUCAAAUUAUCUGAGCAGUUUUCCAACGAGAAACUUAAAGCAGAUCUGUACAAAAGAGAACUAGGCGAAGUAACAAACAAAUUACACGAAAAGGAACAAGAAUUGUCUCUACUGCAAGACGAGUGGUCUGUAGAACGACAACAAUUAGUAAAGGAUCAAAUACAGGCGAAUCAAAGUUUUAAUGCGUGGCAACAGAAAUGUGAGGAAGUAAAAAAAGAAUUUAAUAUGUUGAAUGUUAAAUGGAAAAAUAUCCAAUUUGAUUAUUCAAGAAUUGAAGCCGAAAAGAAGGCAUUAGAUGAAAAAUUUCACUCUACUGUGGCAUCACUAACAGAAAAGGAGUCCAGUGAAAGACAACUUGUAGAUGAAAAUCAUCGAUUAGAAGCUGCUGUUAAAACUAAAGUUGAACAGCUUGAAAGAACUGUUUCUGGUAACAAGCAGUUACAAGCGGACUGUAGAAGAGAAAGAAAUAAAUUAAACGAUCUCAAAACAGAUUAUGCUAGUUUAAAGGAAUAUGUCAAUCUUAUCGAAUGUUUCAAGAACCAAUCGCUACAUUUCGUAUUGCAAUUCAUUGUCAAUUUUAGGCAGGUCAUUGACAACAAGGAUUUCGCUGACGUUCAGCACCUCGUGGAUAGGUUUAGUAAAACCAAGAUGUGGACUCCAAAGUUCAGUAAAUCAAAUAAUGAAAAUAGUGCUGAAGAAGAACUACUGAAAAAUAUUGAAAACCAACAGCUUAUUGCCAACAUGUAUCAAGAAACAUUGAAAGGAAUUUUAUACAUGGUGACAAAUAAGUUCAUUGAAGGUCAAAGAGCAAAUAAGUUUUUAACACAACAACUAAUUAUUCUAAGAAAGGAACUUAGUGAAAAAGAUGACUUUAUCAAGAGGAUUUUAGCUGAUACCAACGAAUUGACGAGCAAGUUGGAUCAAAAGCGUGAACAAGUUCUGCUACUAGAGGAAACUCAAAAGCAAAUUCAAACUAAGAUUCAUAGAUUGGAAAGGAAAUUAGGAAAAAACAGUAAAUAG